GAAAAGAAGCGGCGUGACCAGUUCAACAUGCUCAUCAAUGAGCUCUGCUCCAUGGUCUCCACGAGUUCCAGAAAGAUGGACAAAUCCACUGUGCUCCGCGCCACCAUCGCUUUUCUCCGAGCACACAACGAUGUGUCCGUACAAAACCAGGAUCAAGAAAGUCAGGAAAACUGGAAGCCCUCGUUUCUGUCGAACGAGGAGUUCACACACCUAAUGCUCGAGUCACUCGAGGGCUUCUUACUCGUACUGUCGCUCAGCGGUCAAAUACUGUACACGUCGGAGAGCGUGGCAUCUCUACUUGGCUACCUGCCCCAUGAACUACACAAUAUUUUUAUCCUGGACAUUCUGCACGAAAGCGACCACGGUGCCAUGUGCGAACUGCUCAGUUCUGCAUCUUCACAAGGAGCUGGCAUAAUGCAUCAAGACGGCACGCAGGAAACGUACGUAAGUGUGGAUCUUUAUAUGAAAAGAGGGAGCCUUGGUUCAACAGACUCAAGUGUGAUAUACGAACCCAUGAAUCUCAAAGGAACAUUCCUAACUGCGGUGGGAGAAGGCUUUCCUCUGGGCGGCUUGGAGUACGACUCGAACAGCUGUAGCAGCGCUUGCUCUCCCAACACGGGUUCGGCCGAGCAGCAAGCGCCCUGCCUGGUGGCCAUGGUACGCCUGCAGACGCCGCAGCUCAUGCACGAGCUCAUCCUUUGCGACGGCUCGAGGAACGAGUUCAGCUCGCGACACAGCCUCGAGUGGAAGUUCCUCUUCCUGGACCACAGAGCACCUCCCAUAAUCGGGUACCUGCCGUUCGAGGUUCUGGGAACUUCCGGGUACGACUACUACCACGUGGAGGACCUCGAGAAAGUUGCGGCGGGUCAAGAGGCCUUGAUGCAGACGGGCGAAGGCACGUCCUGCCACUACCGCUUCCUGACCAAGGGCCAGCAGUGGAUCUGGUUGCAGACGCGCUACUACAUCACCUACCACCAGUGGAGCUCCAAGCCGGAAUUUGUCGUAUGCACCAACACCGUCAUGAGCUACGAUGAGGACCUGACGCACAGCAAGGCGGCGCCAACCAGCGGAGUAUCUGCGUCGUACUCGCGGACGUCAGUGCAGACCCGCACGUCUUACCAGAGCUCGCGGGUCUCCUCGGCGCCUUCGGUCAGCUCCAGAGACAGCCUGUCUCCCAACCUGUCCGAGAAGUCCGGAUGCGCCGGUGGGGUGCUGCGGGAAGAGCGUGGCAGCAGCGCCGGAAGCUGCGGCAACCAGCUGUCGCUGCCGUUCACCGAGGCGUGCACGAUAACGCGCGAGUCCCCGACGAUGGCACGACUCGUGUCGCUCGCCUCGGAGCCGACCUCGUCGUCGUCGCCGCUGCACCACGAGCCGAUGGACCAGCGGCCGCCUUACCAGACCACCACGGCGUGCCAUGCGCCGCUAAUCACGCUCACCACGCUGCAGCCCAUCGCAGCCACCUUUGCCGGGUCCGGCCAGGGCGGCACGGCGGCGGCUGCGGCGGUGCAGGAACGGCCACGACAGGUGCUGCAACCGGGGAGCUUCUCGGCAUGCCUGGAGAACGACUUGCAGAUCAGCACGAGACCCAUGCACUCACAGCCGCAGGGGCAGAUGUCGCCACGGCCGCAACAGCAAUCGGCCGGUGGACAACAGCAGCAGCCGCAGCAGGACCAUUUCCAGGAUUACCUUCGGCGCAGGCACCAGGCGCUGCAGCAACAGAUCCUCAGGCAGCAGGAGGAACUGCGCCGGGUCUCCGAGCAGCUGAUGCUCGUGCACUUCAUCAACCCCAACCUGGCGGCCACUGUGACGAGCGCCAACGCUCCCCUUUACACGCUGUCCCUGCCGACGACGACCCUGUCGGUGCCAACGUCGACGAUCGCAGGCCCGACGGGCGCGUUGACGCCGGCACCCUAUUUGCUGGCCACGGCUCCCACCGGCUGUAUGGACAACUCCUCCCGGAGGGACUCGAUGCAGCAAACGCAGAGUCAGCAGCUGCAGCACCAACAACAGUCGCUGCAAGAGCAACAGCAGCAACAGCAGCAGGACCGCCAAAGCUCGGGCUUCUUGGGAACCGUUCCUCAGGGAUAUGUUGCUCCGGUGUACCCGCUCCAGCUGCCCACGGACCAAAUGAUAUUCACUUCGAACUUUAACGCCUCGUCGAACAUAUACAUGGACACCAGUGGCACCGGUAGCGGCGAGCACUAACGACACGUUGCUUCGUGGGGACACUUGAAAACAGGAGCAUUCUCGGUGCUUCAUUGAAGAGUUGUGUAAUGAAAUAACGCUGCAAUUGGUCUUGUAUUUCAGCAGACUACGGAGAACUGCCUUUCAUCGUUCACUGCAUGCAGCAAAUAGGUCUGGUACCUGCAAGUAAUGCAUGUCGGAACGAAAUACGAGACCGUGCAAUGAUAUGCCCAGUAUAGGCCGAAGCUGACUUCGAAAUAGCAAUGAAAGUUUGCACUUUCACUAUUUUUCAAUUUAGAUAUGCCGGUAUUAGCCAUAAAACCUUGCGUCACGCUUUCCUUUCGCGCGUACAAGACCUAAAAUGUAGAUAUUAUUGCUUUCUUUCGCAGUAAUCCCCAUUAUGUCAUCUGGAUGAUUUUCUGUUUCCUGAGUCGUCCUUCGCCGGCUACUAUCAAACGAAUAAAUUGGUACCAGUGCCGUCGCUGUAGACAUGUUUGCACGUUUUCAAAGCGCUUCAAGCUGUCGAUCUAAGCUGUGUCUACUCUACCACAUGCUCUAGACGUCAUCAAAACGCUUAAUACGUAUAGUCGAUUUCCUUUAAUUCGACGUUGGCCUAUUCAUCUGUUCGAAUAAUUUGGCCAUUCUUGAAAGUACCGAACUAUAUGCUCACAUUUUUCUACGAAGGAAAAAGCUGGUUAGUCCAAGCUGAACGUGCCGAACUUUGGACAUUUCUAAGUAGAAAAAAUUGAAAACGCGCAGGUAAUUAGUGUUUUUACGACCAUGCUUAAGUUGCUGAACGCUGUUUAAAUAGUGGCAUAUGCGUCUUCAACGCUCCAGGCCCGCUGGCUCGACACGCACAAUAUGAAAAGAAAUCUAGUAGAGCUGCUAGGUCAUCUGUUAUAGCGCUUCCGUUGCAGUGCUUAGACUCGUUUUAAUACCAGCACUGAGGACACGAAAAGCUCUUGAGUCUAAGCAAUCUAAUUUCGCUUUCAUUGUAAUGUUGCUGUACUUGUCCAUUUAAUAAAGCAAAACUUUCGUUUCACCUCAAACGAAUAUUCCCCGAAGUACACAAAGAUGACACAUGCAAGAUAUGCAAACAGGAAACAGCUACACUCAAACACAUGCUAUGGGAAUGUAACGCCCAACACAAAAACGAAUUAAACUCCGAGACCCUAUCGCUGAGGUGGGCCGCCACUCUGCGCAGCUCCGACCUCGGCGAUCAACUCUGGGCUGUCCAGCAGGCCCGUGAGGCGGCGCUGAGACAAGAUCUCGACGUCCCGUCG